AUGGCAGAACCUACAGCCCCAUCAAUAUCUCGAACUCCACAUAAACUUGAAUAUACAUCAAGUAUUAGUACAACAUUACCAUCACCAUCAGCAAUAGCAACAUAUCAUUCAAGUUUUGAUUUUAUAAGUGAACCGCGUGAUUGUGAUACAUUAGUAAAUCUAAAUCAAGAUAUUAAUCAUACUCAUCAUCGUUUAUUAGAACGUACUUUUCGUCAAUUAGAUAUUAAUUCUGAUCAAAAUAUAUUGAAAACAAAACAUAAAAAAUUAGAUCGAACAGAAUCUAUAUCAUUACCAACAACACCAACUGAAGAAUAUUCUCCAACAUAUGAACAUAAAUAUAAUCAACUAUUAUCAUUAAAAUCUAAAAUCAAUAAUGACAAUGAACAAUCAUUUUUUUUUAAUUCCUCAUCAGAUUAUAUGACUGUUAUGCCUGAACAAGAUCAUCUUCAACAAACAAUAACAGAUGAACCAGUAUUAAAUUCAACAAGUGUUUUACAAUCAUAUAAUUCUUCUUCAUUAUCAGAAACAAAUAUUCCUAUAACAUAUGGUAUUGAUUGGAGUGAUCGUGCAUGUCCUACAUCUCAUUGUUGGUUUCCAUAUAAACUAAAUGAUCUUUCAUCAUCUCAACCAUGUGCACUUUUUUCUUGUAAAGAUCUAAAAUCAAAUAAUUUAUCAGAAUUUGUUCAAUGUGAAUCAUGUUUAUUUAUUGUACAUACAUAUCAUCUUAUUGACUCACAAAUAAUAACAACAAAUAUUAUUCCACCAUGUCGACCAACGUUUUCGGAAAGUAUUAGUGCUAAUGAUACAAAUUAUCAAAAUAAAUUUGAUCGACAUUAUUGGUUGUAUGUAUCGAUACUUACAAAACCUUGUGCUUUAUGUAAAAGAAAGUCAAUGUCAAGUUCAUUAUUUGGUAGCGGUCGACCUUCAACAAUGCCAUCAUUAGAUGGAACGAUAAAAAGUCCAACAUGCAAAAGUGCUUUGCCUGAUAGUUCAAGUCCAAAAGUACCUGGAACAUCGAGUGGAUUACAAUGUUUGUGGUGUUCACGUACUUAUCAUCGACGGUGCUGGGAUCAAAUGUUUAAACAUGAUGAAAAUAAUAAAUGCGACUAUGGAAUAUUGAGAAAUAUAAUUGUUCGACCACAAUGGUUGCGUCGUAUACCAGGUACUCCAUCACAUUUUCGUGCUCAAUAUCGUUUUCAUACAUCAAAUGAUUCUUCAACAUCUAUUGAUAAUUAUACACCAUUACUUCUUUUUAUAAAUAAACGUUCUGGUGGUCAAAGUGGUGAAAAAAUCUAUCAUAAAUUAUUACAUCUUCUUAAUCCACGUCAAGUAUUUUUACUUGAAAGUGAUGCAACUAUACUUCAUGCAUUAGAAAUGUAUUCAUCAUUAUCAAAUAUUCGUAUAUGUGUUUUUGGUGGUGAUGGUACAGUUGGUUGGAUUCUUGGUUGUUUAGCUGAAUUAUAUCCACCAUUAAAUAAUCCACCUGUAAGUAUAUGUCCAUUAGGUACUGGUAAUGAUUUAUCACGUGUAUUAUUAUGGGGUGAACAAUAUGAUCCUAAACGUUUAUUAUCAAUAUUAACACAAAUUCCACAUGCACAAUCAAUAGCACUUGAUCGUUGGCAAGUAACACUUGAACAAGUUAAUAUACCAAAACAAGAUGAUUUACCAACAAAUCGAACAUUUUUAUCUUUUAUAAAUCAUCCAAAAUUUGUUCGUGAUAGAAAUCGUGCAUCAUAUCAAAAUAAUCGUACAUUACCAAAUACACGUUUUAUUAAUUAUAUGAGUUUUGGUUUAGAUGCAGCUAUAGCAUUAGAAUUUCAUGAUAGACGUAAACGUGAUCCAAAUAAAUUUUCAUCACCAUUAAAAAAUAAAUUAAUGUAUUUAAAUGAAAGUCGAAAAUAUUUAAAUGAUUUUGCACGUUCAAAAAUGUGGAAUUUAAGUUCAUAUAUACGUUUAAUAUGUGAUGGAGAAGAUUUAACAGAAUCAAUACGAAAUUGUCAUACAUUACUUGUAUUAAAUAUUCCUGGUUAUGCAUCAGGUACAAAUCCAUGGGGUAAAACAUCAAAUAAUUCAUCAACAUCACAAACAAUUAUUAUACAAAAAGAUUAUGAUUCAUUUCAAGAAAUUUCAACAAGUUCAGUUGAAAUUAUUGAUUUACCAGCUAAUACACAUGAAGUUUAUGAACUUGUUACAUUAAAUGAUUGUCCAAAUGAUCAAAUUAAUUUACCAACAAUAACAACAAUAUCACAUCCAAUUGGACGUUUUGAUCGACAAGAUAUUGAUGAUAAAAAAAUUGAAGUUGUUGGUUUAAGUACAACACAUAUGGCUACAAUACAUAUGGGAUUUCGUGGUAUACGUAUAGCACAAUGUAGUAAUUUACGUAUUGAAAUAUGUUGUCCAAUGACAGCACAAAUGGAUGGUGAACCAUUUUAUUUACCAGAAUCUGUUGCUGUUAAUAUAACACAUGCUGGUCAAGUAUUGGUUUUGAAAAAUGAAAGUAGAUAA